UUUUGCUUUAUUAUAACAGGUAACAAAAAUGAUGUAGUAAGAAAUCCUGCUUGCUAUGGAGAGUACACUUUUAUCCAGUUUGUAGCUUCCGCUGUGUGUCACAGAAAUCCACUGACAACUGGCCGAUAUCUUGGCAUUAAAACUACGGAAAGACAGUUUCUGACGCUUUGCGAGGUGGAAGUCUACUCGCGAGGUAACGGUCUGAUUAUUUAUUGCAUCGCUCUUAAACAACUUCCGGUGGGCUUUUGGUUCAAUUAGAUCAGAAAGCUUAGAAAAGAUUCCGAGCUCCAGAGGUAAAUCUAACUCACGGCUCUCCGAGUUUUAGUUCGGAUGCUCGAAUCACUAAGCUACUGGAGACUCUUUGGCGGGAAAAAGUGAAGAACAGCUCCCCCAAAAAACUGUCGGCCGACUGUCGUAUACCGCCUUUUGCGAAAAUUAAAUUUUUCCGCCAACAGUCGGCCGACUGUUGGCAGCAUGUCGGUAAUGUGUCGGCUAAGUGUCGGUUGACAACGCCUGUCGAAUACCAGAAAAGCCUCUGCUCGCAGGUAAUAACAUUGCAUAUCGACGCGAAAUGUAACUUUUUCACCUGAGUUCGCCAUUUUGUUUAGGUUUUUUAGGGACCAAUCCCAUCGCAAUCUCCCAUGUUUAGGUUUUUUAGGUACCAAACCCCUCGCAAUCCCAUCGGCUCAUCCUCGCAGUCAAGAAGCAAAAAAAUUGUUUAAAGCCGCUUCUUGUAUCUUCUGUUUUGCUUAAUUACUAAAUCGGAACAUUAUCAAUUAAUCUUUAUCAUUGGCCAUUGACUUUUGACCAAAAAUAAAUUCAAACAGACAGAGAAAAUUGAAAGUGCGUAUAUGACGCGCUAAAACGAAACCCAAUGCAUUAUAGGGCGAUUUCAUAGAUAAACUUAUUCAAGACAUACGAUGAUGCAAUUUUAGCACAAUUUGUGGUAGGUAAUGCGACUGAUUCUAAUGGAACGGUAAGGGUCGAGUGACGGCGAUGUCAUUACACUUGUCAACUUUUUAAGUGUCGGUUUACUGUUGGUCAACUGUCCGUUAACUGUUGGUAUACUGUCGGUCGACAGUUGGCCGACAGUAAACCGACAGUCGGCCGACAGACUUUUAGGGGAAAUCUUCUUCGCUUUUACCCCCUUUGGCGAGUGGGGUAGGUUAUCGGUUAUUGGUCGCAGUUAUGAUAAGUUCAGGCAACAUACAUGCUAUAGAAACAAAGCGAAUAGAGGAAUAAUGCUUUUUAAAGGUUACUUCGAGCUGUUGGUCAGGCUUGGUGUCGCCUGAUGUGAGGUAACCCAAGACAAUCUGGGAUUCAGGAUUCCACGUUGUGGAUUCCAGAUUCAGUGGGACUUGGAUUCCGGAUUCCCAUCUUAAUUAGUAGGAUUCCGGAAUCCUUAAGCUAAACUCCGAAAUCCAAAGCGCUCGAUUGCGGAUUCCACAACCGGAUUCCGGAUUACCUUUCAUGGGGCUAUUGGUGGCUCCACCUUUUUUUUUUCUUUUGAACUAUUCCAAUGCAGGUGGAUAGACAGAGAACUUAAGAUUUUAUUGUUUAUUUAUUUUUUUUAUUGAAUUGAAAUGCAUCAUAGAAUGAAAUGACAGCCUAAAUAUUAGCCGUCCCUUCGAGUCACAAGGGACCUCACGAAACCACGACGGCGACGGCAACGGGAACGUCAAAAAGCAGUAGGUUUAAUGAGCAAAACAACGACUCUGCACGUGCAUCACGCUUUUUUGUACAUUUCUUUGCCGUCCCUGCACAACUACGACGUGAAAUGACCAAAUUUUAAGUUUACUUGGGAACGGGAAUGGCAAGGCGAUAAAUUCUACCAUCUCUGUUUGAACUAGCUUGUGCUCCCUUCUUUUCAGCUCCAACCCAAAUUCCCUUCUUUUUAGUAACUGGGUCCCUAGGGAUAAUCACGAAAAAAAGUGAAGAGAUGCGAAGUUUGUUUUCAUCGACGUUCAUGGACGUCACCGUUGUCGGAUCGUAAGGUCCCUACAUACUCCCGAAAGGGACGUCUGAAUCAACGAGCCGUUGAUGCCGUCCAGUGACGUCACUACUCCUUUAAUUUAACUCAUGUAAAAAGUUAAACACGACUUUCAACUGGCAAGCAAAAGAAAAUCUUCAUGAAAGUUACAGAAUUGUUUUACUCCUAAAUCAUUAUAUAAACUUUGUAUUAAACGGUCAAACUAUUAACCACAUGCAGUAUGUUAGCCUGCGUAGCAAGCGUUUCCGUGCUGUUUCGGGGCAAAGAAAGACCGAGGAACGAGAUUCUCGGUUUUGGCCGCGCGAGAAAUGGAAACGCUUGCUACGCAGGCUAGCAGUGUGCUGAACAAACCUUUUGCCUGUAUGGCGCCAUAAGUCAAUAAUCAAACUUGAUAGCGGCCACGCUAGAAUGAAAUACACACGGGGCAAUUCCUUUAAUUUGCUAUUUGUUUCUUAACUAAAAAGAAGAAAAAAAGAAAGCAAGAAAGUUACCGAAUUAUUACACUUGACAGCAGAAAUGACAGGAAGUUCGACACAAGCUUCAUAGUAAUAAACCACACAAAAAAAUCGAUCACUGUUGCUUCAGAAUCACUGCCGAAACUACAAAUCGGUUCUAAAUAAAAACCUACCGCUUUUCCGCAUUGGUUCUUGAUUCGUAGUUCAAUUUAACAAGUCAUAGUUUUGAAGACAAGGUCUAUUUUGCUUUUUGCGAAUAAAGAUUGUAGAAAUUUUGAACCCCCCGCAAGCACUCAGAUUAUCCUCUGAAUAUCAAAAGUUUCUCAUAAUCAUAUAGAUAAUUAUGCGAACCAAUCAAAAUCAACCAAUCGAAAUCAUUACCCGUUUUUCGGGUAGCGACGUCACUGGACGGCAUUAGAGGCUUAUUAAUUCAGACCAGGAGCCGUCAGACGUCCCUUAUGCGACUCAAGGGGAUGGCUCAAAUAUGAAUCAUAUUAAUUUUCAUCUGCGAAUAAAGAUAUAAAAGUGUACAUGAUCAUUAGAAUGAAAAGCAUUACUGAGCAACGUGCUUCUUCCUUUGUAGAAAAUCUUGCGUAUCUAAAGGACACGAAUCAGUCAAGUACUUAUAGCGACCGUUUUGCGACGGGUGCUAGUAGCAACGCCGUGGACGGAAACAGCAAUACUAACUUUUUUGGCGGGUCAUGUGUAAACACGCUUCACGACAAACAGCCCUGGUGGAGAGUAGACUUGGGAAACGUGGAGCUAGUGAAUGAAGUUUACGUCGUAAACAGAGGAGACUGUUGUCAGAACAGAUUGAAUCCUUUCGAGAUCAGAGUGGGUGAGUAAACAUUUCUGGUAAAGACAGUGAAUAUUUUGUUAGUGUGCGUGCAUUUUCCCUGUAGAUCGCGAGGUAAAUACGUGCAUUCGAGUGAUUUAUUGUGUGUUUUCACAUGACGUCAUGGCGACCAUAUUUGUGUCCCAAAACAAUGAAACGGCGGCCAUGUUUGUUUCCCAAACCAGUCCUGUGGGAGUUGAACUCUUUUCUUAUGUAAAUGCUUUCUUUUGUUCCAAUUAAUUUGGAUAGAUGCUGGCCACGUGAGUGAAAACAUAGAAUUCAUAUUAAUAGCCCACGCUCAGUAUAUUAAAAUUCUAACAUGACUCCGAGGCUUUUUGGUUAUUUUUCUAUGGCAUAGGUCGCAGUUGGGAAAAGUUUUCAUCUUUGCCGGCAAAAAAACCACAAAAAUUCGAAACCGCAACCGGAAAAGAAAACUUUUAGUCAAAUCGAGAAGGGUCGCACUAGUAUUUACUAGUGGGAGUUAAUUGUCGUUGUUUUGACACAUUGAGAACUAAAGUAGGCCAGAUACCAGAGAACAUUAUCUCUUCGCAGUCCGAUCAUUUGGCGUAGGAUCGUUUUCCUCCUUUCCCAGUUUCAGGAGGAUGGGAGAAAUAAAGAAAAUAAAGUGCUUGGCUGCAAAGACUGCAUUUAGCUCGCAGAAUAACAAACCUGUGACGGUGCCUGGGUAGACUAUAAUUGGCUCGCCUGUAGAGAGUUCCCGUAAAAACGUUGAAAUAGCGAAGGAUUACAAGCUUAUGAAUUGCUCGCCCGUAGAAAGUUUUCGCAAAAACGUUAAAAUGGCGAAAAUUAGUGGUAGCCUCGUCCGUCCACAACGAAAACGCGAAGGUCAGAAAAUUUCAACGAUUGAUUCAAAUUGAUCGUGUUUCAAAUUGGUCACGUUUCGCUGACAAGUGCUGACACUUACCGCCGUGAUUCCUAUUGUUUAGCUCGAGUUUUCCAAAAUCUGCCUGCCCCACCCAAGCACUUCGGCAUCUUUGAUGUUUUUCUGUUUCGCAAAGUUUUUUUCCAACCGGAAAACUUGGGGUCGCACUUGGCAAUGUCUCCUGAUGACAGAUUUCUACCGCAAGGUAAACAAAUUUUUCCAAAACUUUGCCAAGUGCGACCCAUGCCUAUAUUCGGUUUGGUUUUCUUUGUGCUCAAGUCUUUUCUGGGAAUUGCGAGACAAUGGAGUCGUGGAAAAUCUGCAAUUUUUUGUCUCGCUAUCCCAAGAAAAGACUUGAGCGCAAAGAAAACCAAAACGAAUAUAAAAAAAUGACCAGUAAGCCUCGGGGUCAUGUUAGAAUUUUAAUAUAUUGAACGUGAGCAAUUAGUAUUUUCUACAAACUGUAUUUUGCAUUAAAAUAGUGAUUUUUAGAAUUUAAUGCACUUAUAUGUAUUCUAAUUCUGUAGCCCUUAUUCACGAUACUCGCCAUCUUCGCACGCGCUUUAGGGUUGAUGGUAUAGAAGCAAUGUCACGUGGUAUUUCAGGGGGCAAACAAGUAAAAAAAAUUGCUAAUAGGAUUAAUCGCCGUCGAGUUUGUUUAUUCUGUCAAAACGGUACGACGAUUUUACUCUUGCAAAAUGUACAGUUCGAAAUUCGGAUUCUUUGAUUGCUGUGAGGACAUCUACGGUCUCUACUGCAUCCAGAAAAGAAACAGUCAUCACUUCCUCUCAUUAUUUACCAUGAUCAUUUUUUUGUUUUCUAGAAUAAACAAACUCGACCACGAUUUCUUGAAUUGGCAACUUUUUGCACUCGUUUGCCCCCUGAGAAACCACGUUGCAUUGCUUUUAUCCCAUCAGUCCUUAAGCUAGUGCAUACGGAUGAAAGAACUCCCAACAAUGUUGGGAGUUGUUGGCCAACAAUGUUGCGUCCGUUUGCACGGGGCUAAAAGCUAUUACCGGUUUCUAACGUUGCGCAACAACUCCCAACAACACGCAAAAACAUGCAACAGGAUGUUCAAACAGGCGCAACAUGUAACAUCCAACAAUGUUGGGAGUUGUUGGCCAACAAUGCAAAGAUGCCGAGUAUCAUGAAAAAGGUCUAUACGGCCAAUGUGUACAUUGGUGUGUAUGUGUAGGGGUAAAUUCGAGUAACGGAGGUAUCACCAAUCCGAAGUGUGGGGAUGGCUAUAGCGUUCCUGGUGGCCAGGGUGCCUCGUUCUUCUGUCGCCCAAGUUUGUACGGGAGAUACGUCACCAUACGAAGACAUGAUGACAGGACAGUUUCAUUCAAUUUCUGCGAAGUUGAGGUUUAUUCCGCACGAAGAGGUACAGAACCAUCCGGGAUUAGUGCUUUGGUAUUUACAUAGGAUAGAGCAAAAAUAUCGUUCGUAGUUUGUUCCAGUUUUUUUUUUUUGUGCUUCGAUUCUUGUAAGCGACUACCUCCCGCAAGCGACUGCUCAGUCUUUUUAUUUUGGGUGGUCGCGUCCGGGAGGUUCGACUGUAAUUGAUAAUCUUGAUUCUAGAAGAAAAAACUAUUGGUUUGGAAUUAUGUCUGGAAAAGUCUUGAAUUUUGGAUCUAAAAAUCAGUACGAACUCUUGUUAAUGUGCCGAGAGCUUAACUGUAAUUAGAACCAACCUUGGGAAGCAACUCCCAACCCCCUCGGAAAUUGCCUCCUCUUGAACCUCCUCUCCCCUCGGAAUUUCCGUUGCCCUCCGUGGCGGGGGGUGGGGAUAAGGAUAUUUUCUGGAACUACACACUACAAUUUUUUCGGUGAUUAUUCUAGGCACCGCAUUACAACUUGAAAAAUUUGGCCAAAAAUUUUCAUGUUUCAGUUUGCGUCCACUUUUGCCAUCCGUUGCAAUAGAAUACAGGAACAGUUUAAGUGCCUGAAUACAACCUUGAAUAAGAAAAAAUGGGCCAUUAAUUUUUUUAAUUUAAUUGAGCAAUGACACGUUUUAUCAUUUGAAAAACAUAGCAAGGUGCGUGAGGUAGCCCCUUAAUCUUCAACAUGAUACUUACUUAGGGAAGAUAUAACAAAAAAAAUCCAUUCACUCUUGUCCUCGUAAGGUUCAAUCAACAUAUGAUUAAGUUAUAAAUUUUUUUUUUUUAGCGUGCCAAAUCCAGGCCAUCGGUCUGGCCAGCAGUGACGCUAUCCUAGACAACAGCUUCUCUGCCUCGACUCAUCUUCCUGGUAAUGAAGCUUCCAAAGGUCGUCUAAACGGAGAUGGCGCCUGGUCACCUAGCGGAAAUGGUGAUGACAACGACUACUUACAAAUUGACCUGAAAGACCAGUUUUUUAUCUGCGCCGUAGCCACUCAAGGAAGUUCAAGUGCCAAUCACUGGACAAAAAAGUUCAAAUUACGUUAUGCGCUGGACAACUCAACCUGGUUUACUUAUCAAGAAAACGACAUUGACAAGGUGUGUUUGGACACAAGAAAACUUGCAACGCAAUUAGAACUACUUAAUGGGCCAUUUCCGAGUUGCUCCAAGCCUCUGUAUCAAAGCAAGGCUAACUGCGAAACUGUUGAUAUGAAAAUAAUUAUCUCAGGCCGUUAGCAAUGAAAUAACUGAAAGCCCUCUCAACAGAGAACCUGUUUUUUAUCAGUAACCCACCAAUCUUACUUAGACUCCCUGGAAAAAAACCUCUGUAAGCAACCCUCCACUCCCUCGGAAAUUGUCUCCUUUUCAGGGGUACCCAACGAGAAUAUAGUUCAAAACCACCUAACAUAGCAUUGUUAAAAGUAUUUUAGUAUUUAAACGGUACUUAUAGGCAUAUUUUUAUCCCCUAAAAAUUUUUCAUCUGUUCGGAUUUCCUAACUGAAAGUCUAAUUAUCCGAAAGUUAUAGGGGCCCAAACGUACCUUUUCGAAAAUCUCAGCCAGAAAAAGGCUUCCGAAAAUUCUAGGUGAUCUUUUUAGGGCAAAAAUCCGUUAAAAAUGGGCAGUUAUACCAUUAGAUGUUCGAAAAUCCUAGGAGAGGCAGGCAAGCAAGAAACUUUACAACAAAUGUUCCGAAAAUUCUAGAUCACAAAUCGUCUUCCGAACAGACAUUUUACGAAAAUUGACGUUGAGUACCCCUGUCCUUUUGGACGUUUGUAGUCGUGCAUAAUGACCUAAUGAAAAAAGCGCGCUUCGUCGAGUUUUAUAACAAUAAUUGCUUGCUUUGAGGACAUCUACGGUCGUUAUGUCAUCCAAAACUGUGACCAUGAUUACCUCCACCCGCAAUUUGCCAUUAAGCAACUAAGCAACAUUUGGCAGGCAAGCAGAGUGUAUUAUGGAGGAUUCCAGAAAUAAGGAGUACAGUCAAGGCAGGUUAAGCGUAGGCCCCAAGGUUCUAUUAAGGAAUUGAUUAUUUGUAAAAUGAAUCCGUUUGUCGUUCUCGUUAAUAGUGCCAAAUUGAAAUCAGCAUUUCUGCAUACGCAAUGAGCAGUGAAUAUUUUACGAGAACUUCUGUGUAUUUGGUCAGACUGAAAAUAUUUCAAUGGGUUAGAUUUCUUAGAAGACGUUCAAAUCAAAUUCAGGGAAACAGAGCUGGUAGAAAUGUCUUAACUACCUGGCGUAUGAAUUCACGGUCUAAUACACAUGCAAGAAUGCAGAGAUGAAUCUGAAAUCUACAACUACCGACGGAUUCAACUUUCGAAUAAUAAAUCCAUUAAUGGAAUCUUAGGGGGUACGCUUGACCUGGCUCGACUGUAACCUUUUUCAUAGUGCCCACAAUACACUCUGUUAAACCCGGAUUUUUUUUCCUCUUAAUUUCCCUUGGGACGACCCAAGGAAAAAUUGUAUGACCAUGGUUAUAAAUAUUUUUUUGGAUUGGGGGUAGUGGGAACAAGAUGUUUUAUGGUCAAUGUGAAGAAAGGUAAAUUGGAAAGAUUUUAUAUAAAAAUACAAGAAUAAAAAUUUACGCGGUUACACGAGACAACUUUUUCUAGGCUGACUGAUGUUAGGUUUACUAAGGGAAAGUUGCGUUCUACCCGCCGGUUAAGCUAUUUGACCUGAAAAAAAAUUUGCUAAGGUAACUUUUGCACCAAAAAAAGGAGCAUCUUUAGAGUCUAUUUUCUUAGUGUAGUGGUUACAUUUAAUUUACAACAAUGUUAACUGUUUGCAGAACUUUAACGCCAAUGACGGGAAAGAUGAUAUCGUAAAACACAGUCUGGUUGGUAUAGUUAGAGCAAGGUUCAUCCGCUUUCAACCAACAGAGUUUGAAGCUGAAAAAGCUUUAAGAGUAGAGGUGUAUGGAAUACUCACAACUGCAGGUAAAUUGUGUAUAUUGUAGUCUGAAAUGUCAGCCGCCUGAACCUCUACCCCAUCGCCCCCACCCACACCCACCCUCCCCCGCCACCUCUACUACUGAAUCAGCGUGACCAACAAGGCUAAAACUGGUAACGACAGACGCGCCCACACAGUCUUACGCAAUGAUAUACCUAAAAACUACCUCCAGGAGGGGCGGCACAACAUAAGACAAGUUCCCCCCCCCCCCCCCCCCCCCCCAACCCCCAUUACCCGUUGGUUUUGUAAAAAUAGUGCCUGGUACAGUUUGAGAAAAUAAUGGUCGACGUUCGGUCUCCUUCUAAGAAAGAGAAAUCCGGCACAACUGUGUAAUGUGCACGUGGUAGUGACAACCUUAAAAGCUUUCGAAUAUAGUUAAGGAUAUCGCCGUGCAAUCACUGACUAAUAGAGAAGUAAAGUGAAGCUUACUCACAAGGCCUAUUUAAUAUGAUUUAUAUGGUUUCAUUGGAGCAUAUCGGUGCAUAUACCUUCCCAGAAAUUUGCACCAACCAGGUCAUUUUUUGAAAGUGAACAUUUUUCAUCUUCUUCUUUCUGGAGAUUAGUUUUUGUGACCACAAAUAAAAAUUAAUUGUUGCUUAUUACCAACUAUUGUUUUUAGUUAGUUUUCGUGGAUGUCGAUAAGUAUUCUCUCUUGAAGCAUUAUGACACAUUUUUUAGUAAAAAUGCUAUUUCAAUGCAUUGAUGAAAGCUAUUAAUUGAGUUCCUGCUGUUGGUAUUUCUUCACUCAAGUUCCCUUUCCUUAUUCUUCCCACAACCCAUAGACCCUCUAACAAUAUAUGGUAAAUAAUAGGUAGAUUUUUCAUUAUCCGGAUUGAGAGAAACACAUCUUUAGUAACGUUCUUUCGGAGCAUUGAUAAAAGCUGUUGAGCUCUUGUCGGUGUUGUUGUUAUUGUUUUUUGUUUUUUUGUUUUUUUUCUUUAAAGUUCCCUCUCUGCUUUUCUUUCAUGUUUUCUUCCCACACUGAAUCGCUAGGUCCUCUAAAAAUAUACAGUAAAUCAUCAUCCAGAUACUUAAUUUUCUUCUAGCGCCAAGCCGUGCUCCCACAAGCUUUAUAGUGACCCCUGACUCCUCCACCAGUGUUCAAGCAUCCUGGCAGUUACCAACGGUAGACUUCCAGGCGAUUACAGGAUUCAGGCUCCUGUACAGCAGAAACUUUAGCUCUGUUGAGGAUCCACUUAACGUCAUAACCAUUGAAGGCAACUCUACCCUUAGCUAUGAAGUCACUGGACUUGGGAUAUUCACAAAAUAUGAAUUUCAAGUAUUAGCUUUUUCAAUUAUGGGUGAUGGACCGUCAAGUGCCGUUAAAACUGUGAGAACUAACGCGGAAGGUAAGUAUUCACUGUGGAGCUAUUUCUAAGUGCUAGCCUUUUUUGAGGAUACCGACUAUAAUCAAUUCAUCUUGCUCUUUCUCAGAGAUUGAAAUUAUCGCUGGCCCACUCCCCAAUGCGAGUGUGAAGGCGCCUCGGACGAUUGGCAAUCGUUGAUUACUCGCCCGAUUGCGUCUUUAAUCCUGCCUUCUAUUAUAAUACUCUAUUUAUCUCCAUAUCUGUUUUUGUCGCUUUAUCUAUAUCGCUGUUGGGAAUAGAUGAUCAAGGUGGAAUCUGUCUUGAAUUUUUAGAACAGAUUGAUUUUUAAAAUGCAUUUAUAUGAAAUAUCUUUUAGGAUAGAUAAAGGCAUAGUAAUAAUUAUUGUUUUCUGGUGCAGGUUAAGGCCAUUGCAUUUUUUUUUUUUUAAAUCUCUGUGGGAUUGACAAAUUUAGAUAAUCGAAAUGCAUCCUUGUUGUUGUAGUCGAAUGCCAUCAUCCUAAAUAUGGCCUUUUGACUUCUCGUUUUCAGCUCCUUCACAAGCCCCUACGAACCUGGUUGUGACUGUCAAUAACUCAACUAGUGUUUCAGCGAACUGGCAACUCCCCCCCGGGAUAUCCCAAAAUGGACUUAUUUUGGGAUUUACACUUUACUACCGGAUAAAUGGCACCUCUGGUCAAGCGAACACUGCUACUGUUCACGAUGGAACAGUUCUCUCUACAACGAUCACGGGACUUGGGAAAUUUACAGGAUACGAAUUCCGAGUGUCCGCAUUCACUUACGCCGGGGACGGACCGAGAAGCUCUGUUGUGACGGAGAGAACAAGUGAAGAUGGUAAGACAUAUACAGUCAAUGUAAGAAUGAAAACACGUACAUGUACAUGAACGAUCCUUUCGGCUAAGCUUAUAUGCGUUAGGCUAAGAAUUCUCAGUUCUCAUACUUGAAAUAUCACUAGCCUGAGGAAACAGCCCACAUUUCCGACGCCACGACAGGAUUCUCCAACGAAAUGACGUCUCUGAGAAAAGAGCGCAGAAAUUCCAUACUGAUGACAGUGCUUCUGAUUGAUUGAAAUUUUGCUUUAACCAAUCAGAAACACUACGAUCAAGUUGAUGUAUUCAAUACGUUAAUCCUUGACACGCUGAGUGAACAUGCACCAAUUAAACGUAUGAAGAUCAAAUCACGCCCGAAUCCGUUUCAUCACUCCUGAGAUCAAACAAUUGAUGAAAACCCGUGAGAACCGGCAUAAAAAAGCGAUUAAAGCAAACGACAAACUCCACUGGAACGCUUUUCGAUUUUUUAUACAGGAAGUUGUGAAUAUCCCAAAGGAAUUGUAGUAAGUUUCAUCGGUAUCUUUGUGCCCAAGAGAACUUUCCAUGAUAAAGAGUUAUCUUUAUUUUUGUCGAAAGUAAGUAUUAUUACGACCUCUUUGUUUAUUAUAAAAUUUUUGAAUGUUUCUUUUUCUUGAUAGCACCCAGUUUCGGUCCAGAUACAGUUUUCACUACUGAACUGAAUGAAACAACAUUCAACAUUUCAUGGGCUCCUCUACCAACGGAGAAGAGCAAUGGAAAAGUCGUUCACUAUGAAGCAAAUGCGGAGUUGGUAGCCACGAGAGGACGCUCACGGCGAGCAGUUGCGAGCAGUAAAGGAGUCAAUACAACAGAAACCUUUGCUGUUUUUUAUGAUUUCCUCACUUGUUCCGAGUACAGUAUCUCGGUUCGGGCUUUUACGGCCGUUGGACCUGGGCCCUAUGGUACGGCCACACAGCUACAGAUAUCAAGUAAGUAG